AUGAUGGACUCCGAGGAUGUGCUGGAUCUAUACGACAUUGCUGUCUUACUCAACUAUGAACGGAACACUACGGAACCUCGGCUUCGACACACCAAACUGAGGGAAGUCGCUUUCCCAGGUUCGCAACCGAAGACUGUCAAACUUAGCAGUCCCAUCGACCAAGGCUGGAACAACAACGCGUCUACGUGGAUCGUAUUGGAUCAGCAGCAGGCUAACGAUCCCGAUGCCCCAGACCUGCCCACGGAAUUCCUACCCCCGAACAAACGCAAGGAUAGCGCACUCUCCAACGAGCAACUGGAGACGUUGUUCCACCAAGCACGCAACCACGAUGGCUGCUACCAGGCGAUCAGUCUGCUUCAAAUCUUCUUUGCAUUGUUUUCUGAAGAUACAAAGUUGAGAGUAAGACAUGCGCCCAAUGGUAAGCAGCCAGGCAUGUCUUAUACGACAACAGUCAGUAGACGUGUCAUUGUCGAGGAGUCCUUCCGUGACCCAAAGUUCACCACUGCUAUCUGCGUACUCCCGGAGGGCGCAAUGUAUGUUAGUGGGCAUCAGCCACAACUGCUGCAUGCCGUCGUAGGUUUCUCUCCGCUCGAUAGCGACACGGUUCAAUCCUUCUUCGAUCUCUCAUCCAUGCAGUUCGGCGAUAUAGGACGCGGACCUGGGCCGAAGGGAAAGCAGCUGUUCGCUCUGGAUACCCCCGAGGAGUUUGCCCUGCGUUUCAGUAUACGAUUGGCUAUGGGAAGUGGCGAUGAGGACGAAAAAGAGGUGGAUGAAUAG